CAAAAUGGAAGUGUUGGCCAGACUUGUUUUGGGACUUGUUCUCUUUGAAGCUGCUGUAACGGCCCCGACUCUACAGCCCAUCAACUACGACUUAGACAACUACGCCGCUGACACCAUGGAGGCCCUGGAUAACUUAUACAACUAUGAAAACAUCCCCCUUGGCCAUGCGGAGGUUGAAAUAGCCACCAUGAUGCCCUCUGGGAUCAGAGAGCUCCUUACCCCGGCCCCACAGCCAGAGGAGGGAGAAGAAGAAGAAGAGGAAGAAUCCACCCCCAGGCUGAUUGACGGCUCCUCCCCUCAGGAACCUGAAUUCAUUGGGGUUCUGGGCCCACACACCAAUGAAGACUUUCCAACAUGCCUUCUGUGUACUUGUAUAAGUACCACCGUUUACUGUGAUGACCAUGAACUUGAUGCUAUUCCUCCACUGCCCAAGAAUACUGCAUAUUUCUAUUCCCGUUUUAACAGAAUUAAGAAGAUCAACAGAAAUGAUUUUGCAAGUCUAAAUGACUUAAGAAGAAUUGAUCUGACAUCAAACUUAAUAUCUGAGAUUGAUGAAGAUGCCUUCAGAAAGUUGCCCCAGCUCCAUGAGCUUAUUCUGCGUGAUAACAGAAUAAGGCAGCUCCCAGAACUGCCAACCACCUUAACAUUUAUUGACAUCAGCAACAACAGACUUGGAAGAAAAGGCAUCAAGCAGGAAGCAUUUAAAGAUAUGUAUGAACUCCGUCAUCUCUACCUCACCGACAACAACUUGGACCACAUCCCUCUGCCGCUGCCGGAAAACCUCAGGGCCCUUCAUCUCCAGAACAACAAUAUCCUGGAGAUGCAUGAAGAUACAUUCUGCAACAUGAAAAAUCUGACGUACAUUCGGAAGGCACUAGAAGAUAUCCGAUUGGAUGGAAAUCCUAUCAAUCUUAGCAAAACUCCUCAAGCUUACCUGUGCCUACCUCGUUUGCCUGUUGGGAGUCUUGUCUAAUUUCCUAUAGCAGUUUUAUGAUAGAUACUGGAACAAAACAAUUGUUAUGGUGUUUCUUAAGCAAAAAAAAAAAAAAAAAAUCCGCAUGCUGCUAUCCUAUUAUCUUCUGAAGAGUGAUCUGAUUAAAAUACCCCUCAAAGCUUUAAGAUAUUAUGGUCAUUUAGUGAUCUAAGAAAAUACCAGAGGAAUGCGGAGUAAGGCAAAAGAUACACAGAAAAGUAAAUCUAGGAGAGUGAGAAAAUAGUUCAUAGAUACUGAGAAGUCUCAUGUAGCUUUCAAGUGUCAGGGACUCACAUUCUGUUUGAUUUCAAGUUGAGUAGAUAACAAGGAGACAUUACAAAUGAAUACUGGCAGUUAUCCUGCCAAGACUUAGAUGAUUUCACUUAUACUUUUCUAUCCUUUUUUUUUUUAAUCAAAGCAUGUUUUUCUUUACAAAUUCAUUAGAUUGAUAACAAGAAUAAAGUAUUUACAAGUACAGUGAACUCAUGAGAAAGUAUUAAUCAUGAAUACAACCUACACAUCGUAAUUCAACAAUACACACACCUUAACUUCUUAUAAACCUAAAGUGCUUUCUGUUUACA